GGCACCUGGAGCUGCCGGAGUUUCCGCGCGCGGGAGGGAGAUGCGGCCGCGGUUGGGGCUCCUUACAGAUUUCUAACCAGCAUAAUGCUGGAGCCAGAGUCUGACAGCCUGUGGUUUUCAAAAUGGCCGAGCUGGAUGCUGAUUUGGAUCACAUCAUCCCAUCUUCUGUCCUUGCCCCUUUCUGGGCCAAGUUAGUAGUGGGAUUAGUUUCCCUCUUGUGUUUUGCACGGAGCUAUGAUGGAGAUUUUGUUUUUGAUGACUCUGAAGCUAUUGUUAACAACAAGGAUCUCCAGGCAGACACUCCUCUGGGGGACCUGUGGCAUCAUGACUUCUGGGGCAGUAGACUGAGCAGCAACACCAGUCACAAGUCCUACCGGCCUCUCACCGUCCUGACGUUCAGGCUCAACUACUACUUGUCUGGCGGCUUCUACCCGGUGGGUUUUCACGUGGUCAACAUCCUCCUACAUGCCGGCAUCUCUGUCCUCCUGGUGGACGUCUUCUCGGUGCUGUUUGGUGGUCUGCAGUACACCAGUAAAGGCCGGAGGAUGCACCUGGCCCCCAGAGCAUCCCUGCUGGCAGCCCUGCUGUUUGCUGUCCAUCCAGUGCACACCGAGUGUGUUGCUGGUGUUGUCGGCCGUGCAGACCUCCUGUGUGCCCUGUUCUUUUUGUUAUCUUUCCUUGGCUACUGUAAAGCAUUUAGAGAAAGUAACAAGGAGCGAGCUCAUUCUUCAACUUUCUGGGUGUUGCUGAGUAUCUUUCUGGGAGCAGUGGCCAUGCUGUGCAAAGAGCAAGGGAUCACCGUGCUGGGCUUGAAUGCUGUGUUUGAUGUCCUGUUGAUUGGCAAACUCAGUGUGCUGGAAGUCAUCCAGAAGGUGCUUCGUAAGGACAAGUCAUUAGAGAAUAUCGGUGUGCUCAGGAGCGGAGGCCUCCUCUUCCGAAUGACCCUUCUCACCACUGGAGGGGCUGGUGUGCUCUAUGUGCGCUGGAAAAUCAUGGGUACUGGCCCGCCAGCAUUUACCGAGGUGGACAACCCGGCCUCGUUUGCAGACAGCAUGUUGGUUAGGGCCAUAAACUAUAAUUACUACUAUUCAUUGAAUGCCUGGCUGCUGCUGUGUCCCUGGUGGCUGUGUUUUGAUUGGUCAAUGGGCUGCAUCCCCCUCAUUAAGUCCAUCGGUGACUGGCGGGUAAUUGCUCUAGCAGCACUCUGGCUCUGUCUAAUUGGCCUAAUAUGCCAAGCCCUGUGCUCUGAAGACAGCCGCAAGAGAAGAAUCCUCACCCUGGGCCUGGGAUUUCUCGUGAUCCCAUUUCUUCCUGCAAGUAACCUGUUCUUCCGAGUGGGCUUUGUGGUUGCAGAGCGAGUCCUCUACCUCCCCAGUGCCGGGUACUGCAUGCUGCUGACUUUUGGAUUUGGAGCCCUUAGCAAACACAGUAAGAAAAAGAAACUGAUCGCUGCCAUCGUCCUGGGCAUUUUAUUCACCAACAUGCUGAGAUGUGUGAUUCGAAGUGAUGAGUGGCGGAGUGAGGACCAGCUCUUCAGAAGCGCCCUGUCCGUGUGCCCCCUCAAUGCUAAGGUUCACUACAACAUUGGCAAAAACCUGGCUGAUAAAGGCAACCAGACAGCAGCCAUCAUAUAUUACCGAGAAGCAGUAAGGUUAAAUCCCAAGUAUGUUCAUGCUAUGAAUAAUCUUGGAAAUAUCUUGAAAGAAAGGAAUGAACUACAGGAAGCUGAAGAGCUGCUGUCUUUGGCUGUCCAGAUUCAGCCAGACUUCGCUGCUGCCUGGAUGAACUUAGGCAUCGUGCAGAACAGCCUCAAACGGUUUGAGGCUGCAGAGCAAAGUUACCGGACAGCAAUUAAGCACAGGAGGAAAUACCCAGAUUGUUACUACAACCUUGGGCGGCUGUAUGCUGAUCUGAACCGUCACGCAGACGCUCUGAAUGCAUGGAGAAAUGCAACCGUGCUGAAGCCAGAGCACAGCCUGGCCUGGAACAACAUGAUCAUCCUCCUGGACAACACAGGUAAUUUAGCUCAAGCAGAAGCUGUUGGAAGAGAGGCCCUGGAAUUAAUACCUAACGAUCAUGCUCUUAUGUUCUCCUUGGCAAACGUGCUGGGGAAAUCCCAGAAAUACAAGGAAUCUGAAGCUCUUUUCCUCAAGGCAAUCAAGGCAAAUCCCAACACUGCAAGUUACCAUGGUAAUUUGGCUGUGCUGUAUCACCGCUGGGGACAUCUCCACUCAGCCAAGAAACACUAUGAAAUCUCCUUGCAGCUUGACCCCUCGGCCACAGGCACCAGGGAGAAUUACAGUCUGCUACGAAGAAAGCUAGAACAAAUGCAGAAGAAGGAUGUCUGAUCUUUUUCUUUUGUGUUUUGAGUUUCUGCAUGCAUGAAGCAUAUCGGUUAUGUGGUUAUGUUUAACCGUUUUAAGAUUCUCAGACAUAUUUAUUUUACUCUUAUUUUUUUUAUAAAAACAAAGAUAUGCAAAAAAAGAUUUUAGCACCAGCAAUAUACUCUUGAAUGC